AUGAGCGAGCUGGGCGCCCAGAAGACCAGCGAUGGCACUGUUUCUCGCCUGCUCAACGUGGUAGAAAGUGAGCUUCAGGCAGGGAGGGAGAAGGGUGACCCUACGGAGAAGCAACUUCAGAUCAUCCUGGAGGACGCGCCUCUCUGGCAGAGAUUCAAGGAAGUCACUAACGAAAUGAUCGUGACCAAGAACGGCAGACGGAUGUUCCCUGUCCUAAAGAUUAGCGUCACGGGGCUGGACCCCAACGCCAUGUACUCGCUGCUGCUGGACUUUGUCCCAACGGACGGCCACCGCUGGAAGUACGUCAAUGGGGAGUGGGUCCCCGCGGGCAAGCCGGAGGCCUCCAGCCACAGCUGCGUCUACAUCCACCCGGACUCCCCCAACUUCGGGGCCCACUGGAUGAAAGCUCCCAUCUCCUUCAGCAAAGUGAAGCUGACGAACAAACUCAACGGAGGCGGGCAGAUCAUGCUGAAUUCUCUGCACAAAUACGAGCCCCAGGUGCACAUCGUGCGCGUCGGGGGCGCCCACCGAAUGGUCAUGAACUGCUCGUUCCCGGAAACCCAGUUCAUAGCCGUGACCGCAUAUCAGAACGAGGAGAUAACAGCUCUCAAAAUCAAGUACAACCCUUUUGCUAAAGCCUUCCUGGAUGCCAAGGAAAGGAAUCACCUAAAAGACAUUCCGGAAGCUGUCUCUGAGAGCCAGCACGUGGCCUAUUCUCACUUGGGAGGCUGGAUCUUUUCCAAUCCUGAUGGAGUGUGUGCAGCAGGAAACGCCAAUUACCAGUAUGCCACACCCUUGCCUCUCUCUGCCCCCCACCCCCACCACGGCUGUGAGCACUAUCCUGGCCUCCGAGGGCACCGGCAGACUCCCUACCCUUCUGCGUACAUGCAUAGAAACCAUUCUCCCUCAGUGAAUUUGAUAGAAAGCUCCAGCAAUAACCUGCAAGUUUUCUCCGGAGCCGACAGCUGGACUUCCUUAUCCUCCACGCCCCACGCCAGCAUCCUGCCUGUACCCCACACCAGCGGGCCAAUCAAUCCAGGGCCUAGCCCCUACCCGUGCCUGUGGACCAUCAGCAAUGGCGGUGGCGGCCCCGCCGGGCCAGGCCCGGACGUGCACGCGACCUCCCCCGGGACAUUUCUCCUGGGGAGCCCGGCUGUGACUUCGCCCCUUUCUGCCCAGGCAUCCACGUCAGCCGGCGUGGAAGUUCUGGGGGAGCCUUCGCUGACCAGCAUCGCCGUGUCCACCUGGACGGCCGUGGCCUCCCAUCCCUUCUCAGGCUGGGGCGGCCCGGGUGGGGGAGGGCGCCAUUCUCCCUCUUCGCUGGAGAGUUAGAGGUUCCUAGGGAAGGUGUCAGCAGAGAACCUUCUAUGCGUAGAGCUUUUAGAAACCCCAGCUGCGGAUUCCAGGAAGCUAGACUGCGGGGGAAGGGCACCCCACCCAGUGAGCUGGAGGGUUGGGUGGGUUACGGGAGAUGAUUUGGUUUGAUGAUGCUUCCUGGCUUCUUUUUGCACUCCCGUUUUCUCUGCAGCUCAUUGGUGACAAGCUUAGGUAACCAAAGGUCAUUGAGUACCUUCGUGGCCCUGGCCCCUUAUUUCAAAUGAUUCUAGAAGGCCCCACUUCCUGUUCUGUAGAGGUGUGCAAAGCUAUUAAGUAAGUGCUGAGUUUACCUGGCCUGAGGCUUCCCAGCCUUCUGCAGCCCUGGAAAGUAUCUGUGGCCACAGGGCUUCUGCUUUGAGACCAAGGGAGGGUGUAAGUUCACAGGGUGCAGUUAACACACAUAGAGCUAAUUGCAUUUUACUCCCAGAACCGUGCCUGGAAUUGAGGAAAUGAGAUCAUGCACUUCCCUGGCUCAGAAACCUUCCCUGGCUCACCGUUGCCUACAGAACGAAGUCAUACCUCCUGGCUGGAAGGAAACCAUCCGCUGUCAAGCCUCCAAUUUCAUUUUCAGCUUCGGUUUCCUUCAUUACCCCGUUGGCGUCCUACAUUUCAGUCAAGGCAGAUGUUCUGCCCGUUGUCUAAAAGUUCAGUGUUCUUUCCUGCCUCUGUGCCUUCUCCGUGUCUCAGCUAAUCUCGGUUCUGUCCCACCUGCGUGACUUCUGCCCACCCUCUGGGGACGGGCUGACGUGAGUCACGUGCCCUGAUGUGCCUGGGCACAUGUGAUCCUGCCCGGCUGCCUGCCGCCCCUGCCAGAGCCCAGAGGCUCCCUGCCUCUGUUGUGGAGCUCAGCCCGUCCUGCCUUGUGUGUUUGUUACCUGUGAGUGUGUCUCUCCCACUAGACUGUGAGCCCCUUGAGGGUGAGGACUAGCCUUCUUGUCUUUGUUGCCCACACCACCCAGUACUGUGCCUUGCCUACAGUAGGUGCCCAAUA